UUCUUUUAGACUCCCGCGGGCACACGUGCGGCCCUGCGAGUAAUUUUUGGUUUUACCGCUGCCUUGUGCCAGGCCGCGUUACCAUGAGCUUGCCCCUGAACCCCAAGCCCUUCCUGAACGGGCUGACGGGGAAGCCGGUGAUGGUGAAGCUGAAGUGGGGGAUGGAGUACAAGGGCUACCUGGUGUCUGUCGACGGCUACAUGAACAUGCAGCUUGCAAACACAGAAGAAUACAUAGAUGGUGCAUUGUCAGGACACCUUGGUGAAGUUUUGAUAAGAUGUAACAACGUCCUGUACAUCAGAGGAGUAGAAGAAGAAGAAGAAGAUGGAGAAAUGAGAGAAUAAGCACACCUCCUCCCGUCUAAUCUCUGGAGGCUGUGAGCGAAAUACCAGUUUUCUUCCCAUCUGAAAUGUUGGAAAAGGAAAAUGUUGAACACAAACGUAUA